GAUAUGAUGAUGUUUCAGAAACAAACUUGAGAUCUUAUAGUGUUCAUUCUGCUAAACAUGUGCAAGAGAAUCGUCCUGUGCCCAUUCGCAGAAAAAGAAGCAUUGAGGAGGCCAUCCCGGCUGUCUGCAAAACACGGACGGUUAUAUACGAGAUACCUCGGAGUCAGAUUGAUCCCACCUCUGCCAACUUCCUGAUAUGGCCCCCCUGCGUGGAGGUGAAACGUUGCACUGGCUGUUGCAACACCAGCAGUGUGAAAUGCCAGCCAUCGCGGAUACAUCACAGAAGUGUCAAGGUGAGCAAAUCAUGGCUGCAGAGCCCUAAGAGGGUCCUCUUAAGUCUAAAACCUCCAGGUAUUCUUGUGGCUGUUCUGUAUGACCUGGAUCUUUAUUAUCCAUCCUCACAGCCGCAGGAUCAG